AUGACUACACUUCUGAUUGGGUGAUAGAGGAGCCCUCGCAUACAGGGACAGAAUUUUCGCUCACCGUUUGCAGAUGUGUUUACUAUAAAUACAUGAAAACUGAAUCACUAUCGUAAAUUGCAACACCAUUCAAAGUUGUUUUGAAUAGGAUCAAAAUGGGAAGCUUGCAAGAACCCAGUGCUUUGACAGCCAGACUGCAGAACACUCUCAUGUCUUAUCAUAGCCUGGAUGAGAAUGAGUGGAGGGUAGCCAAGAAAUCGAAAGAUGUCACGGUAUGGAGAAAGUCAUCAGAGGAGUUUCGUGGCUAUCUGUAUAAAGCCCAGGGUAUGGUCGACGAUAACCCCAAUAGAAUAGUGGAUUACAUACGCCCUGGGCCUUAUCGAUUAGACUGGGAUAGUUUGAUGACAGCAAUGGACAUAAUAGAAACCCUUGAUCAGGGCUGUUGUGUGAUGAGGUACACUACUGCAGGCCAGCUGUGGAACAUCAUAGCUCCCAGAGAGUUUAUUGAUUUCUCCUACACCACAGACUACCAGGAUGGACUAUUGUCCUGCGGUAUCAGUGUGGAGCAUGAGGAGCAGCACCAGAGUUAUGUCCGGGGCUUCAACCAUCCAUGUGGCUGGUUCUGUGUGCCCACCCCAGAUAGCACCACCACCCCAGCCCAGAGCCUCCUGACAGGGUACAUUCAGACAGACCUCCGGGGUAUGAUCCCCCAGUCUGCCGUGGACACAGCCAUGGCCAGCACCCUCAUCAACUUCUACACUGACCUGCGCAGGGCUCUGAAGAAGGCCUAACCAGUACUAGCCCGGUUGCCAGAUUGGUUUAUGCUUUAGCCAACUCUGUCGUAUUUGUUGUUAUACUGAAUGUAUGGGAUGGCAAGGGAAGUAAGAGGGGUUGGCUAAAACACGUUCAAAUCUGGCGACUAGGCUAAACCAGUACAUCCUAACAGCACUCCUUUUCCAAUACACCAGUCGAUUGAUCAGUCAGUCUAUACUCCACCCUCAUAGAGGGCUAUAGAGAUCCAACUCCAAUUCACACCAACUCAGGGCAGGAUCCAGUUUAGGUUGAAACAGGGUAGGAGUUAAAGGACAUGGUCUGACCUGGUCUGCUGCUCACUGGACUUUGGAGGUGUGACGUGUUAUUUGUCUGCUCUUUAAAUCAUUAUAUAAUACUGAAAAUUGCUACGAGAUUAAGGUAGUACACAAAUACUGAAGCACUUGAUCAAAGUCGAUGUUUGCCUUUUUUGUUUAUCUUUUUUGCUGAUUUCGGACAAACAUCGAACAUACCCAACAAAUUAAAUCGUUGGGGGUAGAUAGAUAAAAAAUAUAGGUAGACAGACAGCCAAUACAAUCAAUCCAAUGUUGCUUUUAGUUGAAGUUACAUGUGAAAGUGUUUGCAGGACUCCACAUAGGAAUUUGACUGGUGUGUCACGCCCUGAUCUGUUUCACCUGUCUUUGUGCUUGUCUCCACCCCCCUCCAGGUGUCACCCAUCUUCGCUAUUAUCCCUGUGUAUAUAUACCUGUGUUCUCUGUCUGUUUGUUGCCAGUUGGUCUUGUUAGUUCAAGUUUAUCAGCGGUUUUCCUGGCAGCGCCUAUCGUUUCCCAGCCUCUCUUUCCUCGUCAUCCUGGUUUUUGACCUUUGCCUGUCCUGACCCUUUACCCGCCUGUCUGACCUCUCUGCCUGAGUCUGCCUGCCGUCCUGUACCUUUGCUCUACCUCUGGAUUACUGAACUCUGCCUGUCCCUGACCCUGAGUCUGCCUGCCGUCCUGUACCUUUGCUCUACCUCUGGAUUACUGAACUCUGCCUGUCCCUGACCCUGAGUCUGCCUGCCGUCCUGUACCUUUGCUCCACCUCUGGAUUACUGAACUCUGCCUGUCCCUGACCCUGAGUCUGCCUGCCGUCCUGUACCUUUGCUCCACCUCUGGAACACUGAACUCUGCCUGUCCCUGAGUCCGCCUGCCGUCCUGUACCUUUGCCUUACCCUGGAUGUUCGACACCUGCCUGCCUUGACCUGUCUUUGCCAUCCCCUAUUGCUAAAAUAAACAUGGUUACUUCAACAGUCUGCAUCUGGGUCUUACCUUGAUCCCUAAUAAGGUGCUAAUAUAACUUGUUGAUGUCCAUCAAAUGUCUUCAACAAUAGCUACCGAUAACAAUAUCCAGCCAGACGUGCAUCUGUUUACGUUUUUAUAAUAAUGAUUAACUGUAACUCUUUGGACUAUAAUAGUAGAUAUCAGACACUGAUUUGACAUUCAUCCCAAAUAUUCCUCGUGAGGAAAUAACAAAUGUCACUGCCAGACAAAAUCCAUGAUAAAAAGAACUACAACAACAUGAGUAGGAAAGCAUGGUACUGUACACUAAAAGCCUCAUGUAAAAGAGUUUGCAAAACCUUUUUGAAUUAUUUUCACAUCUGAUGGAUAACCAGCUCAAUAUCAAGUACAGCAUAUUAUGUACAUUGUAGAUUGAUGCAUUCUUUCCAAUUUCAUGUGUGUUUUUAUUUGUAUCCCUUGCCUUUCUUAAAUUAUUGUUCUGUAAUGUAACAGAAGGAAGAAAUUGGAUGCCACACGUACCUUUUUGAUCCUUCACACUUCUCCCUAUUGUUCCUUGCCUUAGGACUAAAUGAACAUGAGAAGACAACUUAACAAUUCUAUACUGAACCAAAAUAUAAAUAUACAACAAUUUCUACGAUUUUACUGAGUUACAGUUCAUAUAAGGAAAUUAGUCAAUUGAAAUAAAUUCAUUAGGCCCUAAUCUA